CCCAGCCUGAUAAAAAUGUUGUUCCAAAUUUAGAAAAUAUUCUCUAAUGGAAUCGUUACAAGACAAAAGGGAACCUCGUGAUCUUCAAAUUAAAAACAAUACACACAGUUCAGAUCAAAUAAAUCCUUCAGAUGAAGAGGAACCUCCAGAUUGUGCAAAAGAAGAAGGUUGGGUUAUAGUAAAGGAAUUCUUGGAUCCUACUAGUAAAGAACACAGAAGUCUGCUGUCGGACAUAGUAGAGAUUCCGAAAGGCAUUUGUGGUGCCUAUGUUCUGCAAGUGGAAGUGAACCAACCUGGGGAGAUGGUAUUGGAAAAAGCCAAACAAGAACUGCGAGAAACAGAAGAAAUGGUGAACGAGAGUGUAGCAAAGCUUCAAGAGCUACUCAAAAAGGAGCAAGAAGAGAAUGGAUUAAUAGUUCCACUGGAAAACAUAGCCUGGCUGAAAAGAUUCCUCAGAAUUGCGCAUUACUAUCCAGAGAGUGCAUUCCAAAAGGUUAAAAACUAUUACAAGUUCAAGAUCGAGGACAAGAACAAAAGGUUCUAUGAAAACCUAAAGCCGUCCACGGAGGAAAUUAUAUUCAACCAUGACAUUAUGACUGUUUUGCCAAAUAGAGAUCAGCAUGGGCGAAGAAUUUUGCUAGUGGAAACCGGGAGAAGAUGGAAGUACAAUGAAUGUUCGUUGGACGACAUUUUCAAAGGCUCUGUAAUAUUUCUGGAGGCUGCACUAAUGGAACCCGAAACCCAGAUUUCUGGAGUCGUCGUCAUUUUUGACUUGGACGGGCUUGAUGCUUGGCAGAUGUUUCAUUUUACCAUCAAUCCUGCAUUUAUAUUCAGGAUUGUCGAUCUGCUUCAGACCGCUUCUCCAAUCAGAAUCAAGAGUCUGCAUAUUAUCAACCAACCACUGGGGUUCGGCAAACUAUUGAAGCUAUUUACUAUUCUGAUGUCAGAAAAAUUACAAAAAAGAAUUCACAUUCAUGGUGCUGACUUUGAGUCCCUGCACCAACACAUAGACAAGGACUGCCUUCCGCCAGAAUACAAAGGGACUUGUGAGAUUCCUCGGAUAUCAGGACCAAUUUGGCUAGAGGCACUGUCCAUGCUGGAUGAGGAGUAUGAUGCUGUGAGUUGUUAUGGAUACAAGAAAUGAAAUGAUGGCCCAACCUGUAUAGAAAACCAGCAAGAAACUCAACACCCUCAUUGACUACAGGAAAAUGAAAAAUAUAUUGUUUUAUGCUGUUU